UUCAUCCUCUUCCACCACAUCCAUCAUAGUAUAUACAUUUGUUCCUUCUUUAACUUGAUGGCCUCUGAUCAUAACUUUCUAGACUUUUUUCUCGAGGAGAUAGAGUUUGAGAAUGAAAGAGAGAAUGAUCAGUUUUAUUCUUAUGAUUACAACAAUGAAUUGUCAAAAUCUGAGAGCCAGUUAUGUGUACCUCUAGAUCCGGUAGAAGAUUUAGAAUGGUUUCCGAAUUUUCAAGACGAUUUAAUAUCUUUAAAGAACUAUGAUGACUACCAAUCAUCACAUCCCCAGAAUUAUUAUUUUGUUGAUGACAACUCGAAUCAAUUUCGCGAAAGCAUCGAUCAACCGGCUACUCCUCACCAACAAAAGGAAACUAAGUCAAAGCAUGAAGAUACUGGCGUAAAAGACGAUGAGAACGAUGAGUAUGUGUUGAUGGAUAUGAACGGUCGUAGAAAAAGGAAAAAGUCCAGGACAACAAUUAACAGGAAGCCGAGGAAAAAUAUGAAAUUUGAGACUAAAAGAUGUGCUCAUUGCGAAGUAGAGGAAACUCCUCAAUGGAGGAAUGGACCCAUGGGUCCGAAAACAUUGUGCAAUGCAUGUGGUGUGCGCUACAAGUCUGGUAGGUUGUUACCGGAAUAUCGUCCCAAGGCAAGUCCAUCCUUUGAUAGCAGUAAACAUUCCAAUUAUCAUAAGAAGAUAACAAGGAGGUUUCGUUAAUUAGUCUAUCCUUCAUAGAAUUAAUUACUAGUUUAAUCAUUAUAGUU